UCAUCCACCCUUGUCCAGAAAGGACACCAGAAUAUUUGCCUGUUGAACUUCUUUUCCCAAAAUUGUCUCUUCUUAGCUACAUUUUCUUCCAUGAUGAGUUGGAUGAAGUGUUGUGUGUUCCCCCUGGUGCUGCUGUGCAUGUGGCAGCUGCAAGAAGGAGCACACGCCUGCAGAUGUUUACCUGUGCAUCCACAGACGGCGUUUUGCGAGUCAGAUGUCGUCAUCAAGGCAAAGGUGGUUGCCAUUACGACUGCUGGUGAAUUUGAUGACAUCAAGUAUGGCAUCAAGCUGCAAAAGAUCUUGAGGGGUCCUAUAAAGAACUAUGAUACCAUCUACACUGCUGCAUCCUCUGCAGCAUGUGGUGUAACGCUCACCAUAGGUGUAGAAUAUUUCAUCACAGGCCCACUAAUGGCUAACGGGGCACCGUAUGCGUCAUCCUGUUACUAUGUUGUACCCUGGAAAAGCAGCCACAAUAUUCUGGUAGAGCGGUAUAGGAUGGGCUGUGAUUGCAAGAUCAAUCGCUGCUUCGCUCUCCCGUGCGAAAUCAGCGGCCCAAAUGAGUGCUUGUGGACGGACUGGCUGACGGAGAAUUCUGUCGACGACGUGAAGAACAAGCAAUGUGCUUGCGUCAAGAGAAGUGAUGGUUCUUGUGCCUGGUACAAGGAGGUCGCCUCACCUGGAAGGGGUUAAUGGACAUUAUAGACCUAAAAACUCCAUGAAUAGAACGUAAAUUACUAAUACAUUCAGUUAACUCAA